CCUGCCGGGCGGGCCCUGCCCCACCACGGACCCCGGAAACUGGCUCAUAGAUGUCCAUGAGGAGUCCUGUCUCUCCACACCUGGCACUCGAUGGCAUGGGCACUAUGGUGAACUGCACCAUCAAGACGGAGGAGAAGAAGGAGACCCGCCCAGAGGCUCUUCUGGUGCCCACCCCUGGCACGGAGCCCCAUCCCGGAGACCCUCCCCGAGCUCCCCGAGAUGGCAACGAGCCCCGAGCCUCAGCACAGGAGUGCAGGUCCCCCGGGAGCGAUGGGCCUCCAGAACCCAGGAGACCGGCCCCGGAGCUGGCCACUGGGAGUCAGGAGAAGCUGGACUUCAACAGGAAUUUGAAAGACGUUAUGCCAACCAUUGAGAAGCUUCUCUCUAGUGACUGGAAGGAGAGACUGCUGGGAAGGAACACUUUGGAAACCAAAGAGGUCAAAGGAACCCAGGAGAGCCUGGCGGAGAAGGAACUUCAACUCCUGGUCAUGAUCCACCAGCUGUCCACCCUGCGGGACCAGCUGCUGACAGCCCACUCGGAGCAGAAGAACAUGGCGGCCAUGCUGUUUGAGAAGCAGCAGCAGCAGAUGGAAUUGGCCAGGCAGCAGCAAGAGCAGAUCGCUAAGCAACAGCAGCAACUCAUCCAGCAACAGCACAAGAUAAACCUUCUUCAGCAGCAGAUCCAGCAGGUCAACAUGCCGUACGUCAUGAUUCCUGCCUUCCCGCCGAGCCACCAGCCCCUGCCCGUCACCCCCGAGUCCCAGCUGGCACUGCCCAUCCAACCCAUCCCAUGCAAGCCAGUGGAGUAUCCACUCCAGCUUCUGCACAGCCCUCCGGCCCCUUCGGUGAAGAGGACUUCUGGAGCCGUCUCAGCCCACCACUCCCUGCAGGAGCCCUCUCAGCCGCUCAACCUGACAGCGAAGCCCAAAGUUCCCGAGCUGCCCAACACUUCCAGCUCCCCAAGCCUGAAGCUGAGUGGCUGCGGCCCCCUCCCUUCCAGCCAUGGGGGUCCUACCCGGGACCUGCAGUCCAGCCCGCCCAGUCUGCCCCUGGGGUUCCUGGGGGAGGGAGAUGCCAUCACCAAGGCCAUCCAGGAUGCCCGCCAGCUGCUGCAUGGACACAGUGGAGCCAUGGAGAGUGCCCCCAGCCACCCGUACAGGAAGGACCUCCUUAGUCUGGACUCGUCUCCGCUCAAGGACCGACUGGAGGAGAACUGUGGGGCUCCGCUGGAUGAGGCCAUGCUGAGCUGUGACAUGGACGGCUCCCGCCACUUCCCCGAGUCCAGGAACAACAACCACAUCAAGCGGCCCAUGAAUGCCUUCAUGGUGUGGGCCAAGGAUGAGAGGAGGAAAAUCCUCCAGGCCUUCCCAGACAUGCACAACUCCAGCAUCAGCAAGAUCCUGGGCUCCCGCUGGAAGUCCAUGACCAACCAGGAGAAGCAGCCGUACUACGAGGAGCAGGCGCGGCUGAGCCGGCAGCACCUGGAGAAAUAUCCCGACUACAAGUACAAGCCGCGGCCCAAGCGUACCUGCAUCGUGGAGGGCAAGCGGCUCCGGGUGGGCGAGUACAAGGCCCUGAUGAGGAACCGGCGCCAGGACGCCCGCCAGAGCUACCUGAUCACCCCACCCGGAGGCCCGAUGCCCCUCAGCUCUCCGGACGUCCUGUACCCGCGGGCGGCGGGCGUGCCCCUGGCCCAGCCCCUGCUGGACCCCUAUUUGCCUCGGGGCCUGGACCCGAGCAUGCCCGUCAUCGUCAACACCCGCAGCCUCAAGGAGGAGGGGGACGGGCCGGAGGAUGGGCACUCCGUGGCCGAAGGAGAGAUGUAUCGGUACAGCGAGGACUCGGACUCGGAGGGUGAAGACAAGAGCGAUGGGGAGUUGGUGGUCCUCACGGACUGAGCCCAGACGUGCGGGUACUGGGGGGCCCUGUCUCGGCCGGCCCCGCCCCGGGCAUUGCCAGGGAGCCGGGGCGGAGUUGGGCAGGGACGUGCUUGGUCCCUGGCACCGGGGCGGGGGGCCCUGCGGGUUGCCGGGCACGAGAGCACUUCCCUGACGGGUGUCCUGGGGCCGGGGGGAGCUGUGCAUAUGUACAUACGUGUGCUGGGGAGGGGACACCGGACGGCGGACACUGCGCCCAGGAGAAAGGGAGACUAACCUGGCCCGGAGCAGUGUCACCGAGGACUUAGUUUCUCUAGUGGCGGGGGGAUGUCGGGGACAGAGUGGGGGUCUGGGAGUGUAGGUCGUGACUGGGAAAGAAAAGAAGGAGGAGCCUCCCCGACAGGCCUGGAAACUUAAAAUGCCAGCUGAGCCUGACACGACCCUCCUGUGCCCACCAACAGAAAGCCAUUGUGUGGUCACCCCUCGGGGCCCUUUCUCCCCUGUUUGGGCCAGAGCAGCUGGGGCCACUCAGACCCCCCUCCCCGCCCCUGCCCCUCCAGGAACUGCUUAUUUUGUGUGUUGAUUUUCUUCCUCCCCCUCACCUCCAGCCCUGUGCCCAGGGAGAAUCUUGGGCUCCAUUCAUUCCCUGUGCCAGCCAGUACCAGGGAUUCUCCCCGUCCUGGGACCACCCCCCUUCCUCCCCCCCACCUCCUUCCUCCUCUUCUUCUCCCCCUUUGCUGGGAUUCUUUCCUUUCGGGGCCUUGUCCUCUUGGGUUUUUCGAGCCUCUGCCAGGGCUGUAUGAGGGGGUCUGUCUCUGUCUCUCGCUAGGUCCUCUAAGAACCUCUUGUCUUCUUCCAGGCAGGCUAUGUGUGUAUCUGUGUAUGCA